AGUAGAGAGCAUGAAGCGAAUUUGGUUUUGGCUAAUCGGAGGAGGGAGCGGGAUACGAAGAGGCAAGGAGGCGGGAAUAGCACAAAAUGUGUGUGUCUCUCUCUCUCGCUGCUUGUAAAGUGUAAACCCUAAAAUCUCAGACUCCUCUUCGCUUCCGGCGGUGGAUAAUGGUAGUCCAAUCGGCGGAGGGGAUGGCUUCCGUUGAGAGCUCCAUAGACGUUGAAGAAGCCGCCGACGCCGCCGCUGCAAGCCCACAUUCCGACGAGAAGAAGAGGAGACUCAGCUCUCGCAUCCAGGUCAAACAGAAGCCCCAAAAGGCGUUUCUCGUCCGCCAAAGAGUGGAAUUGCUCGACGAGCACGAACACGGCCCCCGGAAGAAACCAAAUGUCGCCGACUCCGAGGAGCUCCCAAAGGCUUGUGACUCUGUUGACAAGAGUGACCGUGUUAGGGCCAAAGAGGCUCUCAGAUUGUUCAACAAGCACUAUCUCUAUUUCGUACAGGAAGAAGAGAAGAGGGCGCUGAAAGCUGAAGCUCUGAAGAAGGCCUCCAAAGCUGCAAAGAAGAAAAAAGGUGCAAAGAACUCCAAGGGGUCUCCGGAGACAAAGGUGGCUAAAAGACCUGAUUUGAAGGCAUUAACCAAGAUGCACGACGGAAAAGAAAUUUUGUUUCCGUCUAAAAGAUUUGGAAGCAUUCCAGGUAUUGAUGUCGGGCAUCAGUUCUAUUCUCGGGCAGAAAUGGUUGCUGUUGGUUUCCACAGCCACUGGCUGAACGGGAUUGAUUAUAUGGGCCAGUCCUACAGUAAAGGGAAGUACAGCAACUAUACAAUGCCACUUGCAGUUGCUAUUGUUAUAUCAGGCAUGUAUGAAGAUGAUCUGGACAAUGCUGAGGAAGUUGUUUAUACUGGUCAAGGUGGACAUAAUUUGACAGGUGAUAAGCGUCAAUGUCGAGAUCAAGUCCUACAACGUGGUAAUUUGGCACUGAAGAAUUGUGUGGAACAAAAUGUACCUGUCAGAGUAGUUCGUGGCCAUGACUGUAAAAGUAGUUACUGUGGCAAAAUUUACACUUAUGAUGGACUGUACAAGGUUGUGAAUUAUUGGGCAGAGAAGGGUAUUUCUGGAUUUACUGUUUUUAAGUAUCGUCUCAAGCGGCUUGAGGGGCAGCCACUGUUAACCACCAACCAGGUUCAAUUUAUUAAUGGACGUGUACCACAAUCUAUCUCGGAAAUACGAGGGUUGGUGUGUGAGGACAUAACUGGGGGUCUGGAGGAUAUUCCCAUUCCGGCUACCAAUUUGGUUGAUGAUCCACCCGUUGCUCCUACAGGUUACACGUAUUGCAAAUCUAUUCAAGUUGCGCAAGACGUGAAGCUUCCCAAUGAUGCCUCUGGAUGCAAUUGCAAAGGAAGUUGUGUAGAUUCUAAGACUUGCGAAUGCGCCAAACUUAAUGGCUCUGACUUUCCAUAUGUGCACCGUGAUGGUGGCAGAUUAAUCGAAGCCAAGGAUGUGGUGUUUGAAUGUGGGCCAAAAUGUGGUUGUGGACCUUCUUGUGUCAACCGUACUUCUCAGAGGGGGCUCAAGCACCGAUUUGAGGUUUUCCGAACACCCAUGAAAGGGUGGGCAGUUAGAUCUUGGGAUUUUAUACCAUCUGGGGCACCAGUUUGUGAGUACGUUGGAAUUCUUCGCAAGACAGAAGAUGUGGAUAGCGCCUCAGAGAAUUAUUACAUCUUUGACAUUGAUUGCUUGCAAACAAUGAAGGGGCUAGAUGGGAGGGAGAGGCGAUCACAAGCUGUAUGCAUACCAACUGUUAAUUCCUUGGAGAGGCCGGAUGAUCAGAAAUCUGAUAACGUGCCAGAGUACUGCAUUGAUGCAGGUUCUAAUGGAAAUAUUGCCAGAUUCAUAAACCACAGUUGUGAGCCUAACCUCUUUGUUCAGUGUGUUUUGAGUUCGCACCAUGAUAUCAAAUUAGCUCGAGUAGUGCUGUUUGCAGCAGACAACAUACCACCAUUGCAGGAGCUGACCUAUGACUAUGGUUAUGCGCUUGAUAGUGUCUUGGGACCUGAUGGGAAGGUAAAGAAGAUGUUUUGCCACUGUGGUGCAGUAGGUUGCAAGAAACGGUUGUUCUAGGUGAUGAACCAAAUCCAAUGAACUCUAUUUUGUUUUUGGAACUACAAGCUAUGUGUUUAUUGUGUUUCUAAUUGUAGUUCCAUCAAACCCGAUCUAACUUAAUAUCCUUUUGUGGGAGAUUGUGCUUGAAAUGCACUUAGUCAUCUACUGACUCUUUGUAACCGGAGUACUGCUUCUGUUAGUCAGAUGUAAAGAGGAAAUCAGCAAUCUUAAUGAAAAGCAAGCAAUCUUGCCCUGUGUUGGGUGGAUUGUUCAAUUUACUA